AUGGCGAGCGCCGCCGAGAUCCCAAAGGAGGCCGGCGUGGCCCCACGGACGCGCCCCUCGAUGGGCGACCAGCAGCUGACCGACAGCGAAAUCCACACCAUCGCCCCGGACAAUGCGUGCGAUGAGCCCGCACCGCAGGCGCCCGGCGGCCACGGCAAGAAGGCCAUCGCCAUCGACUCUGAGACGGGCGAGGGCUUCGACAAGGUGUACGGCGUCCGCCCCAAGACGACGUGGCACCUCAAGCCGUGGAAGGAGCGCAACCUGUGGGAGUUUGUCGCCUCGCUCGACAUCGGCCCGGACGUGUGCUACGCCAAGCGCCCCGCCGAGGCCGAGAUGCGCGGACCCCCGCCCGUCCGCCCCAUGUGGGAGGAGAACUUCUUCAUCCUGCGCACCGCCGCCGUCGGCCCCGUCAUCCACACGGCCUGGAACUACCUCCUGCCCGACCACAAGAUGCACUGGGCCCCCGCAUGGGUCAUGUACCACCUCGCCUUCAUCCUCUUCGCCCACACUAUGAUCAAGCGCCUCCACCGCUACAUGGCCGAGUACGGCACCUUCGACGAGCAGAACCGCGGACGCGACAUGGUCGACGACAAGCACGUCAACCACCUCGGACAGUCCAUCUUCAUCUACACCAUCUUCCGCUCCGUCGCCCCCUUCCUCCUCGCCUGGCGCGGCGACAUGACCGCCCCUCUCACCGGCCUCUCCUGGGCAACUCCGCUCAAGCUCGCAUGGUGGGAACUCGCCCUCGACUACUUCUUCUAUCUCUACCACCGUAGCUGCCACGAGUUUGACUCGCUCUGGUUCAUCCACCGCCAGCAUCACGCCACCAAGCACCCCACGCCCAUUCUGUCGAUCCUCGCCGACGACUACCAGGAGGUCCUCGAGGUCUUCAUCGUUCCCUUCCUCGCCACGGCCGUCUCGCCCAAGAUGUCCUUCAUCGAGCUCUGGCUCGUCGUCUGCUACACGCUCUACGUCGAGGCCCUCGGCCACUCCGGCAUCCGCGCUGUGUGGCCCCACCCGGUCCUGGGCCUUGUUCUGAAGCCGUUUGGCUGCGAGCUGGCAGUUGAGGACCACGAAUUGCACCAUCGCCUCGGCAAGAGCGGUAUGAACUACGGCAAGCAAACGCGCGUUUGGGACCGCCUCUUCGGAACCAUUUCGGAGCGCAUCGAGACGCCUCAGACGGGCCUCUUCACCCAGAAGUGA